AUGAGCAGUGAAGUGAAGAUGGAGCUGCUCCGUGCUCUGGUCACUGAGUGUCUGACCACUGCAGCAGAGGAGAUCCUGCGCCUGGUGCACAGAACCCUGGUGCAGGAGGCUCAGGCCUGUUCUCAGUGGAGGGUGAACGAUCAGCCUCUGGAGGCUGAGCACAGAGAUCCAGAGCCUGUCAGACCUCAGUCCGAUGUGGAAGAUCCAAACAUGUGUUGGAAGGUUAAAAUAGAGGAAGAAGUUGAAGUUCCUAUCGAUGCACUCCAAAAAGAAGAUCAGAAAUCGAGCCUCUCUGAGCCCCACAGCAGCGUUGAUGCAGGCCCUGCACACACAGACUGUGGAGGAGACUGGAGGGAGGUGCCCAUCUCUCACGGACCCGUAGCGUCUCAGUCUCCACAGCCAAUAUGUCUCUUCAGAGUUCAGACAGUCCCUCCACAAUGCAGAAAACCUACUUUGGUGAGCAAAAACUCCAUCACAGCUCCCAGUGCGAGGUCCAACCAGCCGUCAAGUCAUUCACAGAAUGUGCCAAAAAACAUUAGUUAUCUUCGAGCAGGCACAGAGCUGAAACCCUUCAAGUGCCCCUGCUGCCCCAGGGCCUUCUCUCUGACCAAGACUCUGAUCCGCCACAUGAAGGUGCAUGCAGAGUCGUACCAGUGCAGCAUGUGCGGGAAGUGCUUCUGUCAGAAGUCUCACCUGGAGAGCCACAUGCGUGUGCACACGGGAGAGAAGCCCUUCUGCUGCCAGCUCUGCCCCGAGUCCUUCUCAUACAAGAAGAGUUUGAUCAAGCACAUGGCUAAGGGACAUCUGGUUGGGAUGAACCCGCUGGCCGGAAUGUCCAUCGAUCUAAACGAAUGA